AUGUAAUAUUAUUGCUAACUGCAUUCAUUACCAUACACAUAGGUAUGUUUGUAACAUGAUUGUACAAGAAAAGGUCCACUUUGUGAUAUGUGUACUGAUACUCAUGAUACACAUACAAUCAAAAAUUUGGAUACUUAUAUAAAUGAAUAAGUCAAAUAUUUAAACGCUGAAUAUUAAACUAAUAUUAUGUAGAAACUUGAAUAGUUAAAAACAUUCUUUCAUAGCAAAAUAUCUUAAUUAUUAAUUGAUGUAAGUUAAAUAGAUGAAAAAAGAAAGAAAGAAUUAGUGAAGUAAUUGAAAUCAGAAAAAAUGAGUAUCCAAUAAUUCCAAUCAAAAUUGAUUGAGUUAGUUUAAAGAGACUAAUUAAAAGAUAAAGAAUAUUUAGAAUCAUUUUAUGAACAAAUUCUUGAUAUAGAAAAAUAAUUGAAAUAAGCAUUUUCUCAAUUACCAAUCAAAUAAGCUUCACCUCAAUAGUAUACUCAAACAACAUCAUAAUCAUAAAAUAUACUCAAUUAUAAAUCUAAUAUAUCUGAUGGCAGAGAAAUAUCUCCAGAAUUAACUAAUCGAUCAAAUAAAUCAAACAAAUCAAAUAGAUCAAAAGAACCUAUAUUUCAAUAAAAAUAGGCUAGUAUUUCUCCUAUUAGAAAAUAAUUAUUAUAGAGAGAUUUAAUGCCUGUUGGUUCAUUUAAUAAUUCAAAAUUAAAAAAUUAUUUUACCGAAUAAGAUUCUCAAUAAUCAGCUAGAAGUAAAUAGGAUACAUUAAAUUCUUUUAAAAUCACAAAACCAUUUGAUUUAGAUAAAUCCUCUGAUAAAGUAUAAAAUCAAGAAAGUUACCAAUCUAAAUAAAAAUCAUCAAAUUCUUCAUUUGAAAUCUAAAGGCCAGUCGAACCAUUUAAAGUCAAUAAUAUGCAAACUUAAUCUAUAGAUUUAUUACCAAAGUCUCCAGAAUCAAAAUUAUUUAAUAAAUCUCCAAAUACUCUUAAGUCUCCAUAAUAAGAAAGUGUUUUUAAAUAUAUUUAGUAGGAAUAACCUCAUUAAACUGGCUAUUUUGCAAGCUAGAAACAUUAAACAUAAAAUGAUAAUAAAAGCUUCUUAAAAGAUAAUAAUUCUAUUCGAGAAUAUGUUACUUUAAAAGAUGAAAAAUAAUAAUAGAAUCAAAAUUUAAUUACUCCUAUGACAAUUGAGAUACUUAAUUAAUAUUAAGAUAAUUAUACAAAUGAUGAGAACAAUUAAAAAAUUCAAUAAUCAGUUUUUUAAGACUAUUAAUAAUCUUAUGAAUAACAUUAUUCUAUUUCAAAUCAACUUUUAUUUGAACCUACAGAAUUAAAUAAUAUUUAAUAAUAAAAUAGCAUUAAAUAAUCUACCUCCUCAUAGUCAAAUUUUUAACCCUAAUAGUUUAAUGAAAAUAGAUCUUAAUUAGAUUUAUCAUACAUUAGUUCAAAGUAAAUAAAAUUAAUACUUUAGGUCUAAAGGCCCGCCUUAAGUAAAAUUAAAUCUUAAUUUACUGAAUCCUCUAUCCAUAGAAAAUGAAUAAACAUUAAAAGCUCAUGAUAAAAGUGUCAAAGAUCUUAAAUUAAUGGAUAGUGAUAAAAUUAUCUCCUGUUCAAAAGAUGGUUCAAUUAAAAUAUGGGAUAAGUAAUAUAUUAAAUUUUUAAAAUUAGGCGAUCAAGAUAAUUGAAAAUGACUCUCAAAGAGCAUUAAGAUUAAGUAUUAUGUAUCGCAUUUUCAAAAAAAAGAAUUAUUGCUAGUGGUUCUGUUGAUAAAACUGUUCGUAUUUGGAAACCAUGCCCAUUUUGGAAAUAAGUAUAUAUUUGCGAAGGACAUGCAGAUAGAAUUAGAUCUUUAGAAUUUGUUGGAAAUUACAUAGCAUCUGGAUCAGAUGAUACUUAUGUUAAAUUUUGGAACUAUGAUGGGUAAUUAUAACAUUCAUUUAAAACAAAUGCCAGAGUAAGUGCUUUCGCAGCUGAAAGACAUAAUCUAAUAAUUGCUAGCGGAAAAAAUCUCAUUUUAUAUGAUACAUAAACUAAUAAUAAGAUAUUAGAAGUGGGUGCUCAUAAAAACUUAAUUUUAUGUCUGGCUUUGUCUAGCAAUAAUUCUUAAAACAGUGGAAUUUUGAUUAGUGGAUCAAAGGAUAGUUGUAUAAAAAUAUGGUAAUAUCCAAAACUUUAGGAAUUAAGGAGUCUUGAUGAAGAUUAUCCAGUUCAUUCUAUAAGUUUUGAUCCUGAUUCUUAACAACUUUUUGCUGGACUUAUGGGAUUCGAAUAAGAAGGGAAAAUAACAGUUUGGAAAUUAGAUACAUAACCACAAAAAGUUUAAGAGAUUAGUAUGAAUCCUUAUGGUUGCAAUAAGGUUCUUUCGGAAGGGAAAUAUUUAUACAGUGCACAUGAAAAUAGAAGGAUUGAAUUCUAUACUAUUGAUUGA